AUGUUCCCACUGUCUCCAGCUGACGCAUUCGCAUCUCACAAUAAAGUCGAUCAUCUAAUCGGGAUCGACCAGGUGCUUCAGAUUGAUGAUGCCGUCGGCGAAUCUCUCAAAGCCACGGACAUCACCAAAUGGCAACCGUGGAAGGCUCGAAAGACUGCCGUGGAGGCUGUCAGAGACUCCAUCAGCAACCAACGCGCUACUUACGGCAUUAUCAACUCGAAAGCCUUCAUUGAUGACCAACUCUGCGCUUAUUAG